AGAGAGAUACUUAUAAAGUUGUAAUCGAGUCCCUUAUUCCCUUAUCCCGUUAACGAUCUUGGCCGUAAUUAUAAAAGAAAAGAAGCAAAAUGACGAUCGGAAGCGAUAACGGUAACGUUAAAGAGGUGGAAGCAGCGGCCGCGGAUAAAUCGACGACGAAGACGCGCAAGUACAACUUUCACUUGCCGAAAGCACUGAAUCACGAGGAGAAGAAGUAUCUGCUGUCGGUGGAGCGGGGUGAUUUGGCAAACGUACGCAGGAUACUGCAGGCCAGCCACAAGUCGUCGACGAUCGACGUGAACUGCGUAGACAGCCUGGGCCGGGGCGCGGUGAGCCUGGCCAUCGAGUCGGAGAACCUGGAGAUGCUCGAGCUGCUGAUCGUGAUGGGCGUCGAGACCAAGGACGCGCUGCUGCACGCCAUCAACGAGGAGUUCGUCGAGGCCGUCGAACUGCUGCUCGAGCACGAGGAACUGCUGCUCACAGCUGGAGCCGAUCAUACCGGCGGCGGCGGAGAAGUCCUGCACAGCUGGCAAAAGGUCGACUCCGCUCUGGCGCGCUACCCGCCAGACAUGACCCCCCUCAUGCUCGCCGCCCGCAAGAACAACUACGAGAUCCUCAAACUCCUACUGGACCGAGGCGCCACUCUGCCCGUGCCGCACGCGCUCCGCUGCGCCUGCGAGGACUGCUGCUCGCGGACCGGCGACCCACUCCGCGCUUCGAGCGGCCGCCUGGCCGAGUAUCGAGCUCUGGCCAGUCCCAGCCUCAUGGCCCUGAGCUCGCCCGAUCCCCUCAUGACGGCCUUCCGACUCAGCCACGAGCUCGGCGAGUUGGCCGCCGCAGAGCCCGAGUCGUCGCGCGAGUAUCGCGAGCUCCGCGAGCAGGUCGAACGAUUCGCCGUGGACCUGCUGCGGCAGACCAGAAGCUCCUCGGAGCUCAACACUCUGCUGAACCACGUGGAUCCUCGUUGUAGCAGUAGCCAAGACGAUGGCGGCGGGACGAGGCUCGAGCAGGCGGUGGCCUACAGGCAGAAGAGCUUCGUCACGCAUCCGCACGUGCAGCGGCUGCUGUCGGCCAUCUGGUACGAGGCGGUGCCCGGUUUUCGCCGGAUGAGCGCGCCGAGGCAGGCCUGGACGAUCCUCAGGACGGGACUGAUGUUUCCGCUGUACUGCUCGAUGUGCUGGCUGACGCCCGACACGAGGUUAGGCAGACAAGCCCGACAGCCCUUCGUCAAGUUCAUCGUGCACGCCUCGUCGUAUGUCUUCUUUUUGCUCGUGCUGAUUCUGGUAUCGCAGAGAUUCGAGGAGGAGACGAUCGUCGGCUGGUUCGAUACGGACGACGCGCUAUCGAACGAAGCAGCAGCAGCAAUACCGCAGAGGCAACGAGGACUCGGCCCGUCGUUCCUCGAGUGCGUCGUGCUGCUCUACGUGGUGGGUUUCAUCGUCGAGGAGAUUCGCGAGGUCUGGGUCGUGGGUCUACGAGCUUACCUGCGCAACCUCUGGAACUUUAUCGAUUUCGCACGCAACACCCUGUACGUGGCGGUGGCGAUCUUGCGCACGGCGGCCUACUUCCAGCAGCGGGCCGAGAUCAGCGAGGACAGGUCCGCGGCGCAGAUAGCCCGCGAGAACUGGCCCGACUUCGAUCCGCAGCUGGUCGCCGAGGGCCUGUUCGCCGCCGCCAACGUGUUCAGCGCCCUCAAGAUCGUCCAUCUGUUCAGCGUCGAUCCGCGCCUCGGCCCGCUGCAGAUCUCGCUCGGCCGCAUGAUCAACGACAUCGUCAAGUUCUUCUUCAUUUACACGCUGGUGCUGUUCGCGUUCGCCUGCGGCCUGAAUCAGCUGCUGUGGUAUUACGCCGAGCUGGAGAGGAAGAAGUGUUACGCUGGUGAGGGGGACUGUCAACACUGGAGGAGAUUCAGCAGUUUGUGGGAGUCGUGCCAGAGCCUGUUCUGGGCGAGCUUCGGCAGCGUCGGCAUCGACAGCUUCGAGCUCGAGGGCAUCAAGAGCUACACGAGGUUCUGGGGUCUGCUCAUGUUCGGCUCGUACUCGGUCAUCAACGUCAUCGUUCUGCUGAAUCUACUGAUCGCCAUGAUGAGCAAUAGUUAUAGCAUCAUCGAGGAACACGCCGACAUGGAGUGGAAAUUCGCCCGUACGAAGCUGUGGAUGAGCUACUUCGAGGACGCCGGGACACUGCCGCCGCCCUUCAACGUACUGCCGCGGCCCAAGCUGCUGCUCUCUUGUUGCGGUUGCGGUGAAAAACGAACUCGGCAGCGACGCAACAACAACAGCUUACGAGGCCGCGACAUCGAGCACAGGUACGGCUCGGUGAUGAAGGCGCUCGUCUGGCGAUACGUCGUUCACGCGCACUCGGAGCAGGAGUCGUCGGAGCCCGUCACCGAGGACCACGUGAGCGAUCUCAAGGCCGACCUGUCGGCUUGGCGCUGCGAGCUGCUGGAAAUUCUGCGAAAAAACGGAAUGGAUACCAGUGCCGCCAGCGACGUCGAACAAAUAAUGCCAGCGAAGAAGACUCGCGUGUGGGAGCGCAGACUCAUGAAGGACUUCCGCGUGGCCAACAGCAACAACAACAACAACGACGAGGACGAGGAGGAGGAGAUCGGCAGGCUGCAGCGGGUGCCGGAGAACGAGGACGUGGCCGCGAAGUGGCGGCGCGUGGCGCGCCUGGCGCUGCUCCGGUCGGCCGAGCGACGCUGGUAUCGCGCGGUCGACGGCACCCUGAGACAGUCGCAGAUCGGCCGCGGCAACGAUCGCGCCUCGCUCAAGAAUCAGGCCGAUCUGAGGAUGACCAUGGAGGCGGCGAGGCGUUACUGCUGCUCGGCGGCCGAGAAUGGGUGCCCGAGUCCGCCGAGGACGCCGGCCCGUCUGCCCGGCAGCGGUGUCAUCGAUCCCGCGAGGAUUCUCAGGGUGUUCAAGGCACCGGAGCAGGAGCGGUACCAGACGCGAUCGCCGUCGCCGUCGUCGUCGCCUCUGCCGACGAUCGGUAGUAGAGCGACGAGAAAUCAGCCUGGAAGUUCGGCACGGAUAAUUUACGAGAACGAGCAGCAGUGCCAGGAUCCCAAGUCAGUGACAACGACGUCGCGCAUAGCCAAGCGCAAAUCUCCGGCUCCACCCGUGCGAGCUAAAUCUCCCGAUGUAUCGAGCCAGUGUCAUCCAAAAUCAUCGAGAUCGAAAAGUCCGACGACGACAACUUCGAUCCCUCAGCUCGUAGUUAGCCCACCGGACAGCGCCAAUUUCAGAAGAAGUUCGCCCAGAGUUUCGCCUAGAGUCUCGCCUAGAGUAUCGCCCAGGAAAAAUCGUGUAUGGCUGUAAUGGACAUGAAACUUUUCUAGUCUCAUUGUUGAUGUUAUUGAUUGUUAUAUAGUCAUUGUUAUAUACUCAUCUUGAAUUAAGAUUGAAAUAUGUUACUUAGCUAGAACAAAA